CCUCGGCUCUUUUUAAACAUGGCCGUGAAGUCCUUUCCAGCAUCGGGUCCUGCGUUUGGCUGAAUUUGUUAAGACUUUCAGGAAGUCACUUGAGGGGUAAACUAAUACCGUAACAGGUGGGAAGAAAAUGUAGACACACAGCGGGCGUCUCCAGAUUGUUUCCGUGGCUUUAUAUCUGCGUGGCGACGGCGUUAAUACACUUCAUGUACUACUUUUGUGCUAGGUAGCUAACUAGCCGAGCUAACGUUAACUUCUGUCAACUUUUUUUCCUCCAGCCAGCUAAACGCAAUCUGCUAACUUGACCGCUCAUCGAAAUGGAGGAGUGUCGUCGCUGGUCCAGGCUGUGUCGAUGAAUAUUUUACACGCGGAAAUCUCGGAUUUACUCAGCUAAAGGGCUGAUCUAAACUUUCUUAAAAGCUCCUCUUUUUUUUGGUUGUGUUGUUUUGUUUUUUUCCGCUGGCAGCAGCCGAGGCGCCCCUUUAGACGGACAUAAACAAUGUUUUCUGUCAAGCCCCUGAAACCAACCUUCAAGUGUUAUCUCCCUCCUGUACAGACUGAUGUGAAGAGUAGAAGUAUUGAACCACCUAUUAAAAAGUUGGAGCCUAAGUUACUUCAAGGGGAGAUCGUAGUUAAUGAGGUGAACUUUGUGAGGAAAUGCAUCAGCGCUGAAAGCAGCCAGGAUGACCUUUGGGGGAAGUUGAUAUGCACCAACUUUAAGGUCUCCUUCAUCCCUCAAGAUGCCCCACCAAAACAGAAGUCCAAGUUGUCCCACCUCCUGCUUGGAGAGCACGACAUCCCCCUCACCUGUCUGGAGCAAGUAGUAACAGUAAAUGAUACAAAGGGGAAGAAGAAAGUGUUGGGGUCAAACCAAAAGUUGAAGUUCAACCCAACAGAGCUCAUUCUCUACUGCAAAGACCUGCGCAUCAUACGGUUCUGCUUUGAUGAGGCUGGGCCUGAGAGUGCCAAAAAGGUUUGCCUUGCUAUUGCCCACUAUUCCCAUCCAGCUGAUCUUCAACUGCUGUUUGGCUUUGAGUAUCAAGGGCGGCGAUACCAUGAAUCUAAAGGAGAGCGCUUCAAUGGUUCCACCCCUCGAGGAGGAUUACAGACCCCCAUUUUUGACCGUCCAUCAGACUGGGAUAGGGAGAUCAAGAGAACAGGAGCAUCAGAGUGGAGGGUGUGCUCCAUCAACGAGAGUUAUGCCAUCUCACAAAGUCUUCCAGAGUACAUUGUGGUCCCAGUUUCUCUGGCAGAUCAGGAUCUUAAGCAGCACUCCUUAUCCUUCACCGAUCAGCGCAUCCCUCUCUGGUGCUGGAAUCACCAAAAUGGAAGUGCUCUUGUCCGCAUGGCCAACCUAAGUGAUCCAUUACAGCAGAGGAAGACUGAUCAGAGGUUUUUAGCUGCCAUCACAAAAAGCCACCCACAGCGCAGUGAAGUCUUCAGGUCAGAUCUAGACAAGUGUCUGCCAAACAUUCAGGACAUCCAGAAUGCCUUUGUUAAAGUCAGGCAGAGCUGUGUCAUAGAUCCUUUUGAGGAGUCUGAGGAGCGUUGGCUUUCAUCUAUUGAAAACUCACGUUGGCUGGAGUACGUAAGGGCUUUCCUGAAACACUCAGCUGAGAUAGUGUACCAUCUGGAUGGAAAGAAUUCUUCAGUCGUUCUUCAGGAGGAAGAAGACAGAGACCUGAGCUGUGUAGUGUCCUCCUUGGUGCAGCUCAUGUUGGACCCUCAUUAUCGAAGCCUCAUUGGCUUUCAGAGUCUGGUGCAGAAGGAGUGGGUGAUGGCUGGCCAUCGCUUCUUAGACAGAUGCAACCACUUAAAGAAGAACGACAAAGAGGAGUCCCCACUGUUCAUGCUCUUCCUUGACUGCGUGUGGCAGAUUAUGAACCAGUACCCAGCAGCAUUCGAGUUCACAGAGGCCUAUCUGACAGUACUGAGUGAUAGCAUGUGGAUCCCACUCUUCAGCACUUUCCUCUUCAAUUCUCCAAAACAGCGUGCUCAGCACUUGAUGGACUUUGCCAAGAAUAAAGCCAUCCCUCAAGGAGAAGACCAGGUUGUGUACUUCCCUCCUGUUUGGAACUGGUCACAGCAGUUCUCCACCAAAGACCAAACCCUCUUUAACAACCCCAUGUAUGUAGGCAAAGGAGCUGCCUGUGUUCAGAAUGGGGAAGUGAAAACCUUCAGGCGCACGAAGCAGAAAACCUACAGUUCCACUUUGCGAGGAACUUCUGCAUCUGUGCGUAAUGGACUGAGGGGUGGAGAGGAGACGUUGCCCCGAAGGGGCUCUCUGGUGUCGGAGCUGAGGCCCGAUUUCUCACCAGUGAAAGAUGAAAGCCCAUCGGAGCGUUUCUUCAGGGACUGGUUCUCUCGACCGGCUGACCAGCAGGGCCUCCUGAUUCCCCUGCUCAUGCCCUCACACAUGGCUCUCUGGAAGCUCUACUUUCUACGCUGGGUUCCUGAAGCCUGCAUUCCCAGAGGAGGCCCCAUCACAGCCUACCACAAGCUCUCCAAACUGGUUGAUGAAAUUGAGAUUCUACAGAGCCAGCUCAGGCAGUAUAAGGGACCCAGUCCAGGCAGCACGCCACUCCCCAGCCCAAGUGGGCCCCCUUCAGACCAAAGGAGGAUGUAUUUUAGGGCCGGUUCCCCAAAUGACCCCCCUACACCACCAGACUUCCUUACGUCCUCCUUUCCUUUCACUCCAGUGGGAAACCUGUGCCGCCGCGGUAUCCAUGGGACUCCCAUUAGCAAAUUUCUGAACGAGGCGAGGAUCUGGCUUUCUACAGAGACUCUUGCUAAUGACACUGUGUGAGGCUCAGUUUUCUGAGCUCAGCAGGGGCUUGUGUAACAAUUAAAUCAUCUUUUUUUCUAUUGCCUCUUUCUUAAAUACCAAGAAGGAAAAUGAGAAAAAAUUCACUUUGGAUUUCAGAUUUGUAAUUAUUUAUAAGCUAGAAUUUGCACCGUUGAUGCUGCAUUGAAAUCUGAGGUAAUUUCUAAACUGAAGUGUCAUCUACAGGCCUAAAUCAUUAUUGUCCAUUACAGUUGAGGAGUUCAGGUUAACUGAAGCACAUCAUCCUUAUUAGUGAGUUGUUACUGUGAGGUCUCCUCUGACUGUGAAAGAUCAUCAUACUUAAUGCGUUUUUUAUAAUAGAUGUAUUUUCCUAUCUAGUUCUACUUUAGGUCUUUCUUAAGAUUUAGCUAAGCUUUUAAAUCUGCUCGUUUUUUUGCUGAGCAUACUGUAUGACCCACACACAGCGUGCUUUCGGAGAUCUGAAUACUGAGUCGAGAUGAGGUUGAGAGCUCCCUCUCCAGGAUUUACCUGUGAUUCGCUGCACAUUUUAAAGCAAUAAUAUUGAUAGGUGUGUGUGUGUAGCUGUGCUAUCAGUUAAGAUGUCCUUUCUUUGAAAUCUCAUCCCCACUGUAAUGGAUUUUAAUAUUUUAAUCUAAAUUGGACUGCUUGAAAUUAGAAAAUGCCUGUUUUUAUUGCAGCAGCAAUGAUGCAUUUCACUGAACACUGAUUUUCAAGCACUCAAUUUGUCUGUACCUUCCAGGAAAUGUAAUUGAAGAUAUUAUAAUAGUUUACGUAGUUUUUAUUUCAGAAAGAGGAACAGAAAAUAACACAGCUAACAAUGUAUUUUACGAUGUGGUUAAAAGCAAAGAGGAUCUGGCCUGUUUGAAUGUAAAGGGGGCGUUUCUGUUUUUUGGGUUUUCUUUUGCACAAGCAUAGUGCUAUUUGCUCCAAGUGCCCAUAUUUGAAUGGUUGUGUUGGGGUUUCACUGUAAGUAGCAAAUAUUGUGAUUUCAGGGUCUUUGUAGAUUUCCUCUAUUUUUGAAGCACAGAAAAUAUAUUUUUAGUAUCAUUAAACAGGUGAUACUUCAAGGGGGAAGUGGAGCUGUGAGGACUUCAGUCUGUGGUAGAUAUUUCCUCUUCUCUUUUGAAGGGGGUUUUUAUUACAUUUUUCUUGGGGCCUUCUGGUAAGGCACUGAGGGGAGACUAUUCAGAAUAACAGUAGCUGAAUGGGUAAAUAUUUGAAGCAAAGGGACAGACAAGGGUUUUGACUCAAACCAGUUUCUAGUUGAGUACGUAGUGAAUUGAAGUUAAUGAUCCAAUGAACCUGACAGUGAUGGGUCGAUGAUGAGUGGCACAGUUUUAAGGCAGCGCACAAGAAAACGGCAGCAAUAAAAUCAUCUGGAUAGCAAGUGUCAUAAGUACACCAUGUGUGUAUGUUGACCUUUCAAAAUAAAAUGGAAAUAAAGGUCAGUUGUCAACUAAAACUACUUUCCACACACUGUUUAAAGAUGUUUUCUACAGAAGGAACAAAUACUUUUAACUGUAACACUGUUAAACAUAUUGUAUGUAGUUAUAACAAUACUUACACUUGUAUUAACAUUUGUUCUUGUUUUUCCAGAUAAUUCUACUCUGUGUCGAUGAAUAAUAUAGUAGAUAAAGUGAAGUUAACGUAGCUUCAGGUUUUGUAUUAGUCAGCUAGCCUAAAAGUGUCUGCCGGAGAGGUUUACCCCCCCACCNNCCCCCCCCCCCCCCCCGCUGAACUAGGGACUGGUUUGAGACACAUCAGGGGAAAUGUAUCAGUCAUCCAGUGCCUCUAAAACUGAUGAAUAAUUAGCACUGUGUAAUAUUGUAAUGUCUUAAAAUAAUACUAGAACAUUUAUUAUAAAAGGCUUUUUUCAUUUGAGACCACUGGCCAUACUCAAUGCCUGUCCUGUUACACAGGAGCAUUGAUCCAUAGAUGCUAAAUUGACCAGUUUCCAACAGAUAAACUCGUGAUUCGUUGGCAAUAACUAGUUCAGGUUUUUUUGCUAUAGGUGUGUAUAUUGUGAGUGCAGAACCUGCUCUCCCAAAUGCUAAUAAUUGCACAUUUUACUCAAUAUAUAGAAUAGUUUGUUUUAAGGUGGUUGUUGAAUAUAAUUUUGGCAAAUAUUAUAAAUACUGUAUAUGCUUGAAAUCUUCCAAUUAAUAUUUUUUGAUUAAUGGUACUAGGAAACUUUUAUCCUUGAUUUAGUCUUUAUAUUUUCUGAAGAGAUAUUUAUAUGCUGUGUUUUUCCACUAAUUCACAGUGUUGCUGUAAUUGCAUGAUGAUUGUGCUUCCACUGUGGCACAGUUUGAUAUUGAUCAGCAGCAGAUGUAUUUAUUCAGUUAUGCAAAUGUUCUCUAACAGGGAUGCAAGUGCUACUGUACAUCCCGGUGCCUUUUUGGGAAGAUUUACCAUUUUUGUAACUAUAUUCUAAAUCUAAUGACUUAUUUUAGUUUUCUAGAACUGUUGAUUUAUCAAUUCUGUAAAUCUAGUUAAAUUCAGAAGUAUUGCACUGAAGCUGUUUUUCCUAACAGAAAAUAAGGCUUAAAUGUGUACCAGUAACCAAUCAUUACAUUAUUUUUCAAAUGAA